GAGGGAGAGACACGCGUGGGCCGCUCCCCACCCGGAGGAGAGCAGCAGAGAGGGGUGAGGGUGCCUCUGGUGGCCCCUCCCCGUGCGGGGCCACGUGGCGGGCGCGGGCCGAGCCCGAGGGAAAGAACCUGGCCCGUCGGGAGGUGGGGGGGGACCGAGGCGGCGCCGAGACGAGCGGAGAGCUGCUGGAUUCGGAGCAGAGAGGCGGCGGCGGCGCCGAGAGGGAGGGGAGGAGGCAGGCGGGCGCAUGGGGCGCCCCGGCCUCGCCGGCAGCGCGCCCCCUCCGGCCCGGCCGCGCUGAACGCCCCCCGGCGCCGCGCCUCGAGCCCGCGCCCCGAGGCCAUGCCGGUCAUGAAGGGGUUACUGGCCCCGCAGAACACCUUCCUGGACACCAUCGCCACCCGCUUCGACCGCACGCACGGCAACUUCCUGCUGGCCAACACACAGGGCCCACGGGGCUUUCCCAUUGUCUACUGCUCCGACGGCUUCUGUGAGCUCACAGGCUACGGCCGCACUGAGGUCAUGCAGAAAACCUGCAACUGCCGUUUCCUCUACGGUCCAGAGACCAGUGAGCCAGCCCUGCAGAGGCUGCACAAGGCCCUGGAGGGCCAUCAGGAGCACCGGGCUGAAAUCUGCUUCUACCGAAAGGAUGGCUCAGCUUUUUGGUGCCUCCUGGACAUGAUGCCCAUCAAGAAUGAGAUGGGGGAGGUUGUACUUUUCCUCUUUUCCUUCAAGGACAUCACUCAGAGUGGAGGCCCAGGACUUGGCCCCCCAGGAGGCCACAGAGACAGUAAUCAUGAAAAGUCCCUUGGUAGGAGGGGAGCCAGCUCGAGACUUCGAUCCACCAGGAGGCAGAGCCAUACUGUCCUACACCGACUGACAGGCCACUUUGGCCGCCGGGGCCAGGGAGGCAUGAAAACCAAUAACGUGUUUGAGCCAAAGCCAUCAGUGCCCGAAUACAAGGUGGCCUCCGUGGGGGGGUCCCGCUGCCUCCUCCUCCACUACAGCGUGCCCAAGGCCAUCUGGGACGGCCUCAUCCUCCUCGCCACCUUCUACGUUGCGGUCACCGUCCCCUACAAUGUCUGCUUCUCGGAUGAUGACGACACCCCCAUCACUUCCCGACACACCCUUGUCAGCGACAUCGCCGUGGAGAUGCUCUUCAUCCUCGAUAUCAUUCUGAACUUCCGCACCACCUAUGUGUCCCAGUCCGGCCAAGUGAUCUCUGCUCCUCGUUCUAUUGGCCUCCACUAUCUGGCCACCUGGUUCUUUGUUGACCUCAUUGCUGCUCUGCCUUUUGACCUGCUUUACGUCUUCAACAUCACCGUGACGUCGCUGGUGCACCUGUUGAAGACAGUGCGGCUGCUGCGGCUGCUACGGCUGCUGCAGAAGCUGGAGCGGUACUCGCAGUGCAGUGCCGUGGUUCUCACGCUGCUCAUGUCCAUCUUUGCGCUCCUUGCCCACUGGAUGGCCUGCGUCUGGUAUGUCGUCGGGCGCCGGGAGAUGGAGGCCAACGACCCGCUGCUCUGGGACAUCGGCUGGUUGCACGAGCUGGGCAAGCGGCUGGAGGUGCCCUAUGUCAACGGCUCUGCGGGUGGCCCGUCGCGGCGCAGCGCCUACAUCGCUGCGCUCUACUUCACGCUGAGCAGCCUCACGAGCGUGGGCUUCGGCAACGUGUGCGCCAACACUGACGCCGAGAAGAUCUUCUCCAUCUGCACGAUGCUCAUAGGCGCGCUGAUGCACGCAGUGGUGUUCGGGAACGUGACGGCCAUCAUCCAGCGCAUGUACUCGCGCCGCUCCCUCUACCACAGCCGCAUGAAGGACCUCAAGGACUUCAUCCGCGUGCACCGCCUGCCCCGGCCGCUCAAGCAGCGCAUGCUCGAGUACUUCCAGACCACGUGGACAGUCAACAGCGGCAUCGACGCCAACGAGUUACUGCGUGACUUCCCAGACGAGCUGAGAGCUGACAUUGCUAUGCACCUGAAUCGGGACAUCCUGCAGCUGCCGCUGUUUGGAGCAGCGAGCAGGGGCUGCCUGCGGGCCCUCUCCCUGCACAUCAAGACCUCGUUCUGCGCUCCGGGCGAGUACCUGUUGCGCCGCGGGGAUGCCCUGCAGGCGCACUACUAUGUCUGCUCCGGCUCACUGGAGGUGCUCCGGGACAACAUGGUGCUGGCCAUCCUGGGAAAAGGAGAUCUGAUUGGGGCAGAUAUCCCUGAGCCAGGGCAGGAGCCUGGGUCAGGCACAGCUCCAAGCUGCGUGCUGAAGACCAGCGCCGACGUGAAGGCACUGACCUACUGUGGCCUGCAGCAACUGAGCAGCCGAGGGCUGGCUGAAGUCCUGAGGCUCUAUCCUGAGUAUGGGGCUGCCUUCAGGGCUGGCCUGCGCCGGGACCUCACCUUCAACCUGCGCCAGGGCUCUGACACCAAUGGCCUCUGCCGCUUCUCCAGAUCCCCUCGCCUCUCUCAGACCCGCUCGGAAAGCCUGGGCUCCUCCUCAGACAAGACCCAGCCAUCCGUCACAGAGGCUGAGGCUGGGGCCGAGCCUGGAGGUGGUCCCAGGCCCCGGCGGGCCCUCCUGCUGCCCAACCUCAGCCCAGCACGGCCCCGGGGCUCCCUGGUCAGCCUUUUGGGGGAGGAGCUGCCCCCAUUCUCAGCCCUUGUCUCCUCUCCUUCCUUGUCCCCGACCCCUUCCCCUGCCCUGGCUGGCCGGGGCCACAGCCCCUCCCCUCAUGGCCUCCCCAGGGGCUCUGCUGCCUGGAAGCCCCCCCAGCUUCUCAUUCCCCCACUGGGAACCUUUGGACCUCCGGACCUCAGUCCCCGGAUAGUGGAUGGCAUUGAGGACUCUGGCAGCACAGCAGAGGCCCCUACGUUCCGGUUCAGCAGGAGGCCUGAGCACCCUAGGCCUCACUCACAGGCCCCUCCUACAGGGACCAUGCCCAGCCGGGAAGUGGCCACUGAGGCCGAGGAGGUGAAGGAAAAGGUCUGCAGGCUGAACCAGGAGAUCUCCCGUCUCAACCGGGAAGUGUCUCAGCUUAGCCAGGAGCUUCGACACAUGAUGGACCUGCUACAGGCCAGGCUGGGUCCCCCAGGCCACCCAACAGUCUCGGCUUGGCCCCCAGAUCCUCCUUGCCCACCACAGAGGCCUCCAUGCAUCUCUCCCUGUUUGUCCAGACCACUGCCUGGCCUCCAGGAUACUACCCUCGCUGAGGUCCACUGCCCAGCCAGUGUGGGGACAGCAGAGAUGGGGGCUGCCCCCCCCGACCUGAGACCCUCCAUGCUGUCCCCUUACCCCUCAGAGCCUGACCCUCUGAGACCCUCCCCAGUGCCAGAGGCCUUACCUCCGAACUCAAGCCUCAUGAGGCACAGCUUCCGGUCCAGGUCAGACACGUUCCACUGACCCUGGCCACGGGCCCAGGCCCGUUUGGGGUGGGCACUGACGCCUGCCAUCCAGGGAGGGGCUGGGCCCCUUGGCCUCCUGCCUUGGGUUAGCAGCCGCCAGAUGGUCUGGUUGGCUCUGGAUUCUCUGACCUUUUUAACAAAGCCUGGUCACUUCUGACCCUUUGCCUUUUCCAAACCCUCCUCUAUUCUCCUCUGUGAGGGGAGCCACCUGAGGCCGUGGAACCCAACAGGCAUGAGAUGGACCGCAGUGCCCACUGAGCUGGGCAGAUGAGAUGUCUGGCUUUCUCCCCAGGACCUGGAGGCAGGUAGAGAUGGGGGAGCAGAGAGGGGAAGGGAAAAGCCCCCAGAUCCAGCCUGGGAAAUGAAGACUGAGGCAAGAGCAGGCAGGAUCUUGGUGUCUACAGCAAGAGGGAUGGAUUGCAGAUUCCAGUGCAGAGGUAGCUUAGUGAUACCGUGAGGUCUUUUGUCCCAGCCCCCAGGUCUCUGCUGGAGACUUUGAAAGCAAUGUUGCUUCCAGAGGGGUAGGUUUGAGAUCCUGGCUGGCAUUUUUUUUUUUUUUUUUUUUUUGCUGCGCUGUGCGGCUUGUGGGACCUUAGUUCCCCAACCAGGGAUCGAACCCCGGGCCCUCAGCAGUGAAAGCUCCCAGUCCUAACCACUGGACCACCAGGGAAGUCCCCUGGCUGACAUUUGAGUAACCCAAGACUUCUUAGGCCUCCCACCAUCAGCCCAAGCUGGAGGGGCUCACCUUCCCCACAGCUCACAUAGGAAAUGAACCGAUGACCCCAGAUAUGCAUUCUUUGACUCACAGCAUUUUUUUCAAAAUAUGAAUGAGUUGUCACACUGAAAAUCAGGAGAGUUCACAUAGAAAUCCAGAUAUUCCAGCUUCUCUAAGCAAAUUCGGGAGAUCUGGCGACACUGGGCCAACGCCGCACCUGGUAAUAAUCAGCUGGUGUUGGGUGGCCACUGUCCUCUUUGGAAGAGACCUGCACUCUCCACUUCUUUGCAGUCCCCACAUUCCUUGAUCAUCUCCUGACACCCAGCUAGCUUCCCUCAUUUGAAUUCUUUAUCUGGUCUCUAUGGGUAUCUCAGUUUGCAAUCCCUGCCUUAGAGUGUGCUCCCAGGUUCCUUUACCCCAGUGGGUGCCUUUUGGGCCCAGUAAUGUCUAUUUCUACCCCUGGGCCUGGGCCUGUCAACAUCUUUGUUUCUGUCUCUCUGCAGGCCGACACUGAAAGUGGUCUCUUCUGCUGCCAGCAACUUGCAACAGUCCCAGCAGCACUCCUCCCCCUCCCCCACCCCCAGACCUCAGCCACGCCUGUUCUCCCCCUUCCAAUAUGGUCUCACUCAGGGCUCUGACUUCUUGAAAAUUCACCCCGGUCUCCAGCUCUCCUUUACCACCCAACACCCUGGGCUCACUUUUGGAUAGGAAAUAAACUCUUUAUUUUUGUA